UAUGAAAGCUACCCGUCGCUAUAUAUGGCAAGAUCGGAUCUGCUGAAGCAAUUUAUGUGUCAAUACUUUUUCCUGAUGACAUCGCGUUUUCUCUUUAUCCAUAAGGUAAAACUGUAAUCCGGGUGUGUAUGAGUGUUUUAAUGCGUUAAUGACUAAACUAUUUAAAAGCUAUAUAUUCAUAAUUGAACAGGAUACAUUAACAUACGUGACACUCCGAUCGAACAGGUUAUCUCACUGAAUUUCUCUUAAGGCAAACAAUAUUCCCAUAAUUUAUACCUAUCAAUGAUCUAAAUAUAUUUUCAAACAAAGGUAACUUAACGAAACAGACGAAAACACAAGCAGGGAAUAGCUAUAUGAUAAUGGAAUAUGAUGUGUUAAGGAUUGGACUUUAUUUGACAUUAUUCCGUCUUCUUCGGGGAUUACAUAUUCCGCAUUCUGGUCAGUUAUAUAUAGAGAAAACAACUGUAGAGUUUUUAUCGCCCACAAGUCUUGGCCGUAUACGACGAGACACGAGAAAUCUUCCUGAAAAACCCGUUCUGAAACUUAGAGUUGCUGGAACACAUCGUCUUAUUUCUUUAGAAAAGAACUACAAUAUAGAUGUUACAACCAUUCCAUUAUUUUUAAGAAAGAACGGCGAAGUGGAAAGAACGUAUAUAUCGCUAGACAAGGAACAUGCUCUCUACCAAGCUCCGGAUAUUGGAGGAUCAUUUCUAGUCACUCGCCACAGAAACAUAACAGUCAGUAACAUGGAAAUAUUCGGUACAUUUCACCUUAACUCCAGCCUGUACGUUAUACAACCUCAUGUCGACCUUGAGACUGAAGGUGACGGUCAUGUAGUGUCGCGGGUACCAGAGCAGAAGCUUAUAUUUGAAAGCAUUACUCCACAAGGUGCUGUGUCCGAUGCUCUGUCUCCUCCAUUUCGACAGCACGUAGUUAAAGGUAACUAUGGUAAUAGAAGAAACAGACGACAAAUAGAGACAUACAGCGUCGAGGUGCUAUCUGUUAUCGAUUACAAAAGUUACAAGUUUUGGUAUGAUAUGACGUCAGGUGCAAGCAGGCAUUCUGACGCCGUGCAGCUUGUGAUGCAGUAUAUCGCUUAUAUCAUCAACUCAGUUGAUAUACGCUAUAAAACACUUUCAGAAGAAAACAUCUUUUUUGAUAUACUGUUGGCGGGUGUAUAUAUUGCUGAUACUCCACAGUCAUCACCUUGGUCUGAGGACAACAUGGUCAAUGGCAGAGUGUCGAGUAGUGCAACUCUUGAAUCCUUCACGCAGUGGAUAAAAGAUCAAACUAAUAUGCCACAGUUUGAUCAUGCCAUGGGUUUCACAGGAUAUGACGUUGUAAGUGCAGGAUCUGGAGAUAGUUCCGGGAUUGCAUACACUGAAGUCCUCUGUACCUCAGAUAGUACAUCUAUAGUUGAGGACAGCUUCAACUUCGUAACCAUGACAACGGCUGCUCAUGAACUUGGACAUAGCCUGGGUGCCUUACAUGACGGUGAUGGUAACACGUGUAACGGAAAUGACAACUACAUAAUGGCUAGCGUUAACAGUGUUGUUAAUGACCAAGUUAGAGGACAAAAUCUCUGGAAGUUUUCAUCUUGUUCUGCACAAAAAAUUAAAGCAUACAUAAACAAUCUUGACAGCAAUAGCAACUGUAUGCUGGAGACAAGUAGUUCAUCCAAGCUGCCAACGACACUGAAGCCCAUGGCUGAGGCGUAUCCUGCCGAUGAUACAUGUGUUUAUAGAUUUGGAGAAGGAUCAUAUGUCUGUAGGUCGAUUCAAGAUUAUGAUACAAUCUGUAUCUUAAUGUAUUGUAACCAGCCAGGCACGUCACAGUGCUACAGCACCAUUCCUGCAGAGGGCACACCUUGUGGUAAAGGGAAGUGGUGUGACCAGGGAAGGUGUGUGGCAUCAGCACGUGCCCCAAAUAACAACGCAGAUAAUUGUGCAAUUGGAGACAGACCAGGUCUUUUUGAUAACACGGGUAAAACCUGUGCACAAUAUAUAGCGGAUGACCCUGCGAAAUGUUACGGUGAUUACACCGGGGGAAAUUGUUGUGAAAGCUGCAAUUCCAAGAGAACGGGUGAUGCAACAUGUGAAUUUGGUGAUCACGGAAGAAGCUUUUGCUCCAGUAUGCCAAGAUACGGAUGCUACAGCAAUGAAGAGUACUGUUGUGGAACAUGUGCACAAGUAAAGAAUUCCGCGUUACCAGGGUGUGAAUUCGGUGACAAGGCUAGCGGAUGUCGCAGUGAUAGUUGCUGGCGGUAUACUGCUCAAGAACUAACCAUCUGUUGUGAAACGUGUUUUGAUCCGGCAAAAACAGUUACAACAACAACGUCUACGACAACUAAAAGGACCACACCUACAACAAAAUUGACCACACCUACAAUAAAAUUGACCACACCUACAACAAAACGGACCACACCUACAACAAAACGGACCACACCUACAACGACAACAACAACAACAACACCACCUACUACAAAACCCACAACUGUUACAAGAAAAUCAGCUUCUACCACGAAAACAACAGCUACAAGGGGAACACAGCCAUCACGCACUAAACCGGAAAGUACCACAAAAAUUACAAAACAAACAGAAAUUACCUCCACAGAAACACCUGUGGAAGCACAAGAUUCAGGCUUGGUUUUUGUUGUUGCUGGUUGUGUGGCAGGAGCGGUAGUUGUAACUGUAUUGGUUGUAAUCAUGUGUAUAUUCCUGAAGCGAAGGAAGGCGAAAAAGGCAGCCGCAAAUGGACGUAAACCGUCCGUGGAUAACGCAUACGAUAAUAUCGGUUUUGUAUCAGUAAUGAGAGAGAAGCCACACCAUCCUCCCCCGAGACGAGGAAGUAAUCUAUCCUCUCAACCCAGUGUUGCAAAUAUUCCGAUAAGCGUCAUUGGGGAUGGUUCCUCUGAGCACAUUGAUGGAUAUAUGAUGCCUGCUACCAUGCCAGUAACAACUACAGAUGACGUUCAUUAUACAGCACCAAAUAAACCUAAGGUUAAACCUCUAGUACCACCAAACAAGCCAAAGAAGAAAGCAUUUUCAGCUCCAAAACCAAGUCCUGAUUUAAGCAAACGAACGAGUAAGCCCGUACACUAUAAAAGAGCGAGUGGUAUGUCAAACUCAUCUACAGAUACAAUCGAUAGGAAUGUAGACAGGAUGCCUAUGUCCUCCCUUAAUGGUAUAACCAUACCUGAUGGCUAUGACAGUAUAGGAGAAAUCCAGAAAAUUCCACAGAAUAGUCGACCGACAUUACCACAGAAUCACCCAAGGCGUUUACCCGACAUUGAUAGUUCAGAGAACGAAAAUGUUAAAAAAACUAUUGACUAUACAGGUUUUGUAAACAACGAUAGUCAAAUUUCUAAAAAAAUAUCUGACGAUCAAAUUUCUAAAAACAUAUCUGACGAUGAAAAAAGAAAAGUGUUGCCAAGCAUACCACCAAGACCAAUUCCUCGAAUAAAAUCAAAGAACAAAAGUCAAAGGACUGGCACUGAUACCAGUAUAAAUGCCGACAACGGUAGUCCUGCAAAGGAAACGGAACAUGAAAGCAUGAAUAAUGGGUAUGAGGAGGUAGAUACUAUAAAACGACUUGGUGAUGUGAUUCAGUCUCUCAAACCACCUACUAAACCUGUUCCAAGACGACAAAUUUCCUCAGCUAGUGCAGAAAAUGAGAAGCCUGAAGUGCCUUUGAAGCAAGCAUUGCGUCCACCUUUUGAGUCUGUACAUCGUCCACCUUUGAAACCUGUACCUCGUCCACCAGCGAAACCUGUACCUCGUCCACCAGCGAAACCUGUGCAUAGGAGGCGGACAUCCUCAGAUAAUCAAGAGAGUGGCCAAAUUAAUCCAGCAUUCGAUACUGGACAACUCGAAAUCCAAAUAUGAUUUUAUAAAUACUUUUUUUUCGAUGGUGCUUAUUGUUAUCAUUGUUAAUUCACCGUUCUAUGAUAUUCUUGUCUUGAUUCGACAUAAUAAGAAAAUGCGCCUAAUUGUUACUGUCAGUCUCGUUUUUUAUAGGAAAAAAAAACUGGGACAUAAAUGGGCUGCUGAGAAACCAAAAGACAUGUAUAUUUGGGUUAAAACUGAUUAUAAAAGGCAUUGGUAAAUUCUAUUCAUCUCGCACUGCUAACUGGGUACUUUAAGACAAUUUUGUUAGAAACUUUGUAACAAAAGAAAUGCCAAACAGAUGUCCGUUCGUAAGAAUUCCGUGCUUCCGUCCGUACGCCACGCUUCGUGUCUUGUUUAUAACUCCGCCAUCCACGAAGGGAUUUUGAAAUUACCUGGCACAAAUGCUCCAUAAUGAGACGAUGUGUCACGCACAAGACCCACAACCCAAACUUCAAGGUUGAUGUCACACAUGGAAGUCAAAAGUUUAACAGGGUCUGUUUUAUGUCCAGUCCGUAACUCUGCCAGUCAUUAAUUCAGAAGGACAUGGAACAAAUGUUUCCCAUAAUAAGAUAAUAUGCUGUGUGCAAGGCACAUGUCAUUCUUUCAACCCCUUUAAAGGUCAAAUUUAGAAGUUAAAUUCUGUCAGGUCGGUGACAUUACUUUGUAUGGAUGGAUAUAAAUGUAACGAACAGUCUCCAUUACAAACGAUGUAGUAUGCAAGGCCAAGCGUCCUAGUUUGAAGGUCAAGGUCACACGUGGAUUUAAAAAUAUUUUGACUGGUAUGUAAAUUUUUAAUGCGUGGUUGUAUAUUCAAAUAACUUGGCGUCAGUAUUCACCAAAUACCCUCGCACCUAUCUCAAAACGUCAAGGGUCAUUUUUGGAAGUUAAAUUUUGUGAAGCCGGUGACUUUAUUUUGUACGGAUGGAUAUGAAUAUAACUCGUCACAGGCUCCAUAACAAUACAUCAAGACCCGCAUUGAUGUUUAUUCAUGUUAUUGUCAUGUGCAAUACCUAGACCAACAUUUUGUUGGUACAUGAAGAAGAAGAAUGUUUAUUUGUACCAAAACCCUCAAAAGGGUCAUUGACAAAGCAUCAAUAUAACAUAGUGAUGAAAAACAUUGCAAAGCAUGACAAGAUGGCGAGAUAGCAUGUGUAUUUGCGUAAGUUACUCUUUAGUAGGAUUUAUGAUUUCUAUAGGUUGUCGAAAUGAGGCAACAUUUAAAGAGAAUAAAACAUAAAUUCGAAGCACACUUUCACAUGAUAUCUCGUUAGGGAGAGGCAGUGUAAUGCAAAAUAGUACAAUAAAAUAAAACAUUAUAUAUUAUUCUCUACUAUAGCAAUGACUUUACGCUGGUGAAAACUCCCAAAUAUAUUUAAAAUAACCAUAGAGGGAUUUGCUCUUUAACAGAAAGAACAUACACCCCGAUCAGUCAAAAUCUUAUGUAAAUGUACCAUCAACAAGAGCGCGCGUGUCCUACCGAAACGAAAAUGUAGAGCACAGCUUGGUGAUAAGUACUUAAGCAAUAAUAUUUAACAAACAACUUAGGACUUCAGCAACGUAAUCAUUCUCAGAAACAACUAAUCCAUUACAAUACUAACUAACAUGUAAAUUGCCAAAACAUUCCAUAUCAAAAAACAAUCGUGACAGUAAAUAUACCUACAUGUACAGCCGCAAUAGUUUAUAAUGAGAUCUAUACCAUCUAUAACACCUAUAGUGCACUGUGCAGCUCUUGGCGUUUUUGAAACCAUGAUAUGCAAACAAACUUAGAUUUCGUAUUUCUGAUACAUUUUCAGAUGUCAUUAAAGCAAUAAAUUUAAAAUUACUAGGAUGGUUUCAAUAGUAUUUCUUGAUAUAUUUAACACGCAGUUCUUUGAAUAUGUUGCAUUCAAGUACAAAAUGGUACUCGUCCUAUAGAACGUUACAAAGUGGGCAUAUACGUUCAUUAAAAGGGACACAAACCGGCUUUCUCCAUCUACCAGAUUCAACAGCUAAUCUAUGAGAUGACAUUCGUAAACGUGAUAAAGCUAUUCUAUAUUUACGAAUAGUGAUAACAUCUAAGUAUUUGCUAAAACUAAAGUUAACUUUUUUUCUAAAGAAUAUAGCUCUUGUCGAUUCUUCCAAUCUGUUAUUAAAAUCAAUCAGCCAUAGGUCUCUUAUUCUUUGCCUUAGAAUGAAAAUAAAAUAUUCUUUGUUUUCGACACCUUGAUUCAGCCAUACAUGUUCAAAACCUAGCUUUACAAGUAUUCGCUUAACAUUUGCUACCCAGUUUGUUAUGUUUGGGUCAUUAACAGUGUCAUUUUUUAACAUUAAGUAUGUUUGCUUAAUAUAUUUAGAUUCUGUGCAUGUGCAUAUUUUUAACCAAUAUUUUAUAAUAUUGAAAAUCCUAUAUGAAACUAUG